UACGGUGACCAAACACACUGGGAAGGAGGCUGAGGGAAGCAUGGACCAGUAACUAUCAUCACCAUUACGCACUGGAUUUACGCUUUACAUCGGACCAGGGGAGGAGUUUUUGUUUCCUUUUCUUUUUUUUAUCUGCGCUAUAAACUCCCACAAGUUCAGUUUUUUCCCCCUUCAAGUUCAGUUUUGGGAUUUAUCCUCUUUGGUUCCUCGGGAGAUGAAUCCCAGCAGCGGGGCGAGCAGCGACAGCAGUUGACUGAGACAACACAAGCGAGCUCAAUGCAUCUUCCUCAAGGGGACUGAACAGGAGCCAACAAGUCCCCAUACGUUUUACUUUAUUUAUUCCAUAUUUAUUAUGUAUUUAUUAAACAUGGGGCGCGUUAUUCUGCUGACUCUCACCGUCAUGUUCAUGUUGCUGUGCCAGGGGUUCUGUUCGGGAGUUUUUGAGCUGAAGCUGCAGGAGUUUCUAAACAAGAAGGGGGCGCAAGGGAACAAGAACUGCUGCAAAGGAGGCCUGACCUCCUCCUUCCAGCAGCAGUGCGAAUGUAAGACUUUCUUCAGGAUCUGCCUCAAGCACUACCAGCCCAACGCCUCCCCGGAGCCGCCGUGCACUUACGGCGGCGCCGUGACGCCCGUCCUGGGCUCCAACUCCUUCCAGGUCCCUGACGUCAUCCCGGAGAGCGCGUUCACCAACCCGGUCAGGAUUAACUUCGGCUUCACGUGGCCGGGGACCUUCUCCCUGAUCAUCGAAGCGUUACACACCGACUCCAAAGACGACCUCUCCACAGAGAAUCCAGAGCGCGUCAUCAGCACAAUGACCACCCAGAGGCAUCUGACGGUGGGAGAUGACUGGUCCCAGGACCUGCACACCGCAGGCCGGACCGAGCUAAAGUACUCGUACCGCUUUGUGUGCGACGAGCACUACUACGGGGACGGCUGCUCGGUGUUCUGCCGGCCCAGAGACGACGCUUUUGGGCACUUUACCUGCGGAGAACGGGGGGAGAUCGUGUGUGACGCCGGCUGGAAGGGCCAAUACUGCACGGAGCCGAUCUGUCUGCCGGGAUGCGACGAGGAGCACGGCUUCUGCGAGAAACCUGGCGAGUGCAAGUGCAGAGUGGGAUUCAAGGGGCGCUACUGCGACGAGUGCAUUCGCUACCCGGGCUGCCUCCAUGGGACCUGCCAGCAGCCCUGGCAGUGCAACUGUCAGGAGGGCUGGGGCGGGCUUUUCUGUAACCAAGAUCUGAACUACUGCACUCAUCACAAGCCGUGCAUGAAUGGAGCCACAUGCAGCAACACCGGCCAGGGCAGCUACACCUGUUCCUGCAGGCCCGGCUUCACUGGGGCCAGCUGUGAGAUCAAGGUCAACGAAUGUGCUGGAAACCCCUGCCGCAACGGGGGAAGCUGCACUGAUUCAGAAAACACAUAUAAGUGCAGUUGCCCUCAUGGUUUCUAUGGCAACAACUGCGAGUUAAGUGCCAUGACGUGUGCGGAUGGGCCUUGCUCCAACGGAGGCCGCUGCGCCGACAACCCUGAUGGAGGCUAUUUCUGCCAGUGCCCCACUGGAUACGCAGGAUUCAACUGUGAGAAAAAGAUUGACCACUGCACCUCCAGUCCCUGCUCCAACGGCGCCCGCUGUGUGGAUCUAGUCAACUCUUACCUGUGCCAAUGCCCAGAGGGUUUUGCUGGUAUGAACUGCGACCAGACAGGUGAUGUUUGCUCUGCCUAUCCUUGUCAAAAUGGCGGGACGUGCCAGGAGGGUCCCACCGGCUACACCUGCACCUGCCCACCCGGAUACACCGGCCGCAACUGCAGCUCCCCCAUCAGUCGCUGUGAGCACAACCCCUGCCACAACGGUGCCACCUGCCACGAGAGAAACAACCGCUACGUCUGCGCGUGUGUGCCCGGCUACGGAGGCAGAAACUGCCAGUUCCUGCUUCCGGAGCACGCCGCCAUCCGAGGGUCCGAAGUCCCCUGGAUGGCCAUCGGCUCCGGCGUGGCUAUGGUGCUCCUGCUGCUGGCCGGCUGCGCCGUGCUGGUUGGGUUUUUCCGAUCGAAAGCUCAGCAUAGCGUGCAGGCGGAGACGGGGGUCGAAGGAGAGACAAUAAAUAACCUCACCAACAACUGUCACCGCGGUGACAGGGACCUUGCUAUCAGCGUGAUGCCGAUGCCAGGCGUCAAAAACAUCAACAAAAAGAUGGACUUCAGCAGCGGCGACCCGGAUGAAGAUUCUUCGCCAGGAAGGAGCAGCUGCAAAAGCCGACAUCCACCUUCAGACUACAACCUAGUGCGGGAGGUGAACUACGAGCAGGCGGCCAAGGAGGCCAUGCUGGAGGCGGCCUGCGAGGACAAGUAUCAAUCCUUGGACUCGUUGGAGUUUGAAGAGAAACACAGCAAACGUUUAAAAUGCGAUGCAUCAGAAAAGAGAGCCCCAGAACUGUCUGCAUGUGCGGACACCAAGUACAAAUCUGUGUUUGUGAUGUCAGAGGAGAAAGACGAAUGUAUAAUUGCAACUGAGGUGUAAGAAGCCACCAAUGGGCUGCCGGUUGCUCAUUUGCUCUAUGGGAGAGUUUUUAUGCUCCUUCAGAUGCUGCUCUAACCCUAGGGGGCGACGUCCCGCCUUGAGACUGCUGCUGAUACAGAGACGUUUAACUGAUAUUCAGAGUGAGCUGGUUCUCUACUGGUAACUAAGUGUAGGCAGCGGCGGCCUGUGGGAUAAGAACUGGCACGGUACAAAAUUUAAAAAAUAAAAGUGACGUAAAUGAGCUUUACAGCUGAACGUAAACUGUCAGUAAAACCGUAAACUGUUAGUAAAACCGUAAACUGUCAGUAAGCUUUCCAUUCUGCCUUUCAUUGGAGAUUAUAUAUACUGUAAGCAUUGGCAAUAAAGCAGGGGUGUCCAAACUUUUUGCAACGUCGGCCAAAAUUGUAGACUCAAAAUAGCAAUAAAAACAAACAACUCAACCUAAAUUCAAUCAAAUAAAAUAGCCUCAUAUUUAUUAUAGAUCCAAAACCUGGAAGGGAUUUUUACAACGGUGCAUCAGGGCCUUUGAAUAUAAAAAAAGGAGUAAAUUUCUACCAAAAACAAAAAAAAAUGUAGAAAAUUUUUAACAUUUGAAAUUCAGAUAUUUUUGAGGUUUUUUGUAGAAAAUUUCUACUAUUAACCUAAAAAAAAAAAUUUAUAGUAGGUGUCCUUUUUUUUUUUUUAGAAAAAUUCAGACUUUACUCUAAAAAUGUCUGUGCUUUUUGGCAGAAAUUUACUACGUUUUGCCCCCCUAAUUUGGCCCAAAUACAGUGCAGCAGAUUUGUAUUAAAAGAAAGUCAUCUAGUUUUCAGUUUCUUUUGGGCUCAGUUGAAUAAAUUUAUUUUCACUUUGUUUCAAAACGUUUUGCUAUUUCUAGCCAAGUUUAAGAAAGAAUAAAAGCUGAUCAUUUGUUAAAACUUUGCUCUAAAAUCACUUUACAUUUUCCUGUGUAAGAUUAAGUGGUGAUUAUUUUCACCGUGGUUACAAAUUAAAAGUCUCCAUCUGCAUCUACGGGUCAAAUUCGUAUCAUUUUUGAAUUGCAGUUGGGGGGCCGCACCAAAUCAGUCGAAAGGCCACAAACGGACCCCGGGGCUGCGCUUUGGACACCCCUGCAAUAGAGCAGUUUUAUUUCAUGCAACAUUUGCAGCCGGGCCUUUUCUGCACCCCACAGGCUGCUGCUGAGCGCAGGAACUGCAUCAAACGGUGGAUGUUUGGCCAUACUGGCCUGCUCUUCACAAGGCGCUUUAUGGGCUGUGCUCCCAUCGCUACCAUAGUGAAGACUGUAUGUAUACUUGAUGUCUGUAUUAACUGAAGUGCGUUUUCUCACCCUAAGCCCUCCAAACCAUUUAUGAUAUAGUAUUCUUUCAAAAAACAACAAAAAGUUUUUGUUUUUAAUACAAAAGAAAAAGAAGAAAUUUCCUUUUGACACAGAUUGUCCUUUUUGUAAAAAUAAACCCAAGAAAGUGUUAUGAUUUAAAAUUAUGAUUUAAUUUAUGUUAAUUUAAAAACUUUUCGUUAUUUUUAUUUUCUAAUGUAUAUUUGUGAUGUUUGUUAUAAUUAUUUAAGUUUUUUUAAAGGAUAUUUGCAAAGGCACUUCAUGUGAAUGUUUGUUUUGGGUUUGUUUGUUUUUUUUUUGCUCCUUUUGUUUUAAGAAAAUGUUAUUUAAAAUGAAUAAUGUAACAGUUUACUGGUUGUGAAUGAAGGAAUUA